ACUCACAUCACGGACAAGUAUAGGAUAAAUAUGAAUACACAGAGGAAGCAGCAUAUGCUACUUCCGUUACAUCUCAUUUGUUUCUAACGUAAGCCGACAACUCUCAUAACCUGUCAGGAAACCAUUCGAGUGUACUGCUCAGUAUAGCAUGACUAAUCCCAGCUUGUUAACUUAUUUACUAUAUAUCAGCAAACAAUUACAUUGGAUACCCGUCAGUAUGACCACAACAGUUAAUUUAAGAGGGGAAAAGUGAUGUCGCACUAGGCGUCGUUCAUGUCUUCGCAGAUGCAUCAUGACGACUGAGAAGAAAAUCACUGACCAUGUGAACGAUUUCUCGGAUUACGUGCGCUCUUUCUUCUCCGAGUUUCUGAAACUGCAGCCAACACUUCACAGAGACGACGUUCAUAGCGUUUUUCACGAACCCGCCAUCGUGAAGUACUACAGACCGACAAAUCAACCAUGGCGGUACUACCUGAUCAGCCUCUUUAAGAUUCACAACGAGACCGGCAAUGUAUGGACUCAUCUGAUUGGAUUUAUCGUCAUGUGGGUUGCUAUUGGAAACUUGUUCAUUAGCUAUGACGUGUGGACGGAGCGUCAUUCGUGGCCUAUGCUAGUAUUUGGAUUGUGCUGUAUGGUGACAACAAUGACUAGCACAUGCGUACAUCUGCUCCACUCUAAGUCUAUAUAUCACCACUACAGUUUGUUUUUGAUAGACUAUAUUGGGGUCACAGUAUACGGAUUUGGUACAGGUAUACAAACAUUUUACGCAUGCUCAGAUAUAUACACGUACGAGUACAUGAAAUCAGUGUACCUGCCGAUACUGACAUUGGUUACCUGGAUAAACUUCAUAGUGCUUUGUCUCGCAAACGUUCGAUUAGGCAAUAACGAUUGUGACAUCAAGCGGAAGCUGGUGAUGAUUGCAAUGCAGCUAGUACAGGGCAUAGUCGUUACACUUCCCAUUGCAGCUCGUUACAUCCGGUGCUAUUUCAACGACACAUGUCUUGUUUCCUCUCUUUAUCAUUUAUCGACUAUUUACAUUUUCCUCUUCAUAAGUGCUUUCUUCUUUGGAAGUAAUUUUCCGGAAAAACUCUUCCCGGGUAAGUGUGAUAUCCUGGGUCAAGGUCACCAAAUUUUCCACGUGAUCAGUGUCGCCAAUCAAAUGUGGCAACUUCAUUCUAUGCGACUCGACCAUUUCUAUGGAGCUGCGGAUCACACAGAUCCCGACAUUGUUGUCAUGUUGGCGGCAUUACUUGUGCUUUUGCUGACAGACAUCAUGUCUUACGCGUUUCUCAAGAAACUUAUCCCUACUUCUCUUAAAGAUAAAAAACAGUCCUGAUGUGAAGGAAGCAAUGAAUGUGUAUCCUUUACGAUAACAAUGUAGUAUACAACACUCUUCGACGCAAUGUUUGAAUUUGAAUUACGGCACAAUAUUUGUGCUUUGAGCAUACUUGAAAACUUUGUUGCUGUUUUUUUUCCAUUAAUUAUUCAUGAAAAAAGUGUUUCAUUGUCAAUGAUUAGAAAUAAAUAAGAUUAAUUUUGGAGUUAUAAGGAUUUGUAUGGCCUAAACAGUAGUAUGAACGCAGUUUACAACGAACAUAUUCAAUGAAGCGCCAUACUAUUAUGUGCAUUGUCAACUGCGUUCAUACCAGUGUACAUACGCUAUUGAAAUGAAAAUCAGUUUUUACAUUUACAUCCAACAAAUGGUUGAUAUGCUGUACGAAGGAAAAACUGUUGGAGAGGGUUGCUACGACCCCCGUACCACUGCCAACACACUAUACAGGUAUUGAUAUCGGUAAGGUUUUCAGGACCAUCGUAACGUAAUCAGUGGUGACCGUUUGUGUUUGAUAAAUAGAUGAGAUAGUAUACACUAUGGUGUAUUCAGCUGGAUUCAAUUGAGGAUUCACACAAUCAUCCUCAUACUUGAUAAAUAAAGCACAAAGGCCAAUGCAUAUAAAGGAAAUAGUGGCAUAUAAACACGCAGAUCCAAUCAUAUACAUUUAAUAGAAAUACACACGUAUCUGAGUAAAACAAAAAAACAUUCCUGAUUUUUUAUCAAGAUCGUCAAGUUUUUGAAAGUCUGUAAAUUACAUUUAGGUAGAAAUUUUGUUUCAUUUGUAUGUAUUAAUCAGUAUUCUUUGUGGCACAUGAGUGUAAUUAUGCACGGCUAAAUAGUUCCAUUGAUUAUUCAUGAACAUCGAUCAUGAAAAAAAGAACAAUCAAGUAAACAGAAAGUAGACAAUUUGUACCUGCUUAGUAAAUAUGAAUUUAAAACAUGGCAGAAUAUUUGAUCGGAUAAACAAACCCGUAAAAUAAACGGUACACAUUUAAAACGACCAGAAAUUAUAAUUAUUUUGUUCACAUUGUAAUAAAAACUAAAUAUGCAUGAUGGAAAUCACUCCCUGUCAUCUUGAAUUUUCAACUACACUAUCAUAACUAAAUUUUCAAUACCAAGCACAAAAUUAGCGACUCUAGGUCAACGAUCGGUCAUUCAUUUUCUCAGUAGGUUACUAAACCUUUAAUCGCUAUCUGUGCCUAAUUUAUCGCUUUGUUGCUGUUUAAAAUUAUGUGUUUCUGAUUAGCUGUGUGCUAUCGACCAAUGUAUUACGUAGAAAGUGUUUUAUCACUUACUAACAAUUUGACUGCCAGACUUACUUAGAUUUUGCAAUGUGCGAUGUGGUGUCCAUAAUGGUUCUAUAAUGGUGUAUUUGCGACAUUUUGCUAUUUCGUUUUUAUUUCUGCGUCGUGAUUAUAAAUCAAAAUGUCACUGUUUAGUCCACGGAAAAUAUUGACAUAAUAUGUCGCUAAAUUGUCGUUCUCGUCGAACUUUUCAUUACGUUAUUCAAACAGCUAUCUUAGAAUAUUUUUGAUUUGUUUUUGUUUUUUGUUUUUUCUUCAAACAACCUGCAAUAGAUUUGAAAGACGCAGUCAUUACGAGUGCGUUAUGGGGUGUAGUGAUUUUUUUAUUUUGGUGUGUCCGUUGUUAGUGUUUCUGGCGGUGGCGGGGUCGCUUCAAGGAUAUCAUUUAAAUUUCUGUGUUUAUUUUUAACACAACUUUCGAUUAGAUUUGGUUUGCUCUUAGUGGGGGACAGAGUUCAUUUCAUAGUAUGCAAUUAUUUUCAUGAUCAUUAUAGCAAUUAGUGUAAGGGAAGACGGACAGUGUCUCAUAAGUCUCACAGUGGACUGGAUGUGAGGGCCAUGAGGAUGACUUAUUUUCUAUGUAAUUGUAUAAGUGUACCCUGUACAUGUGACACGUUAAUAAACUAUUUGAAUUUAAUUGAAUUAAAUGUUAAUUUAUUUAUAAAGAUGUUCAUUAAGAAUGUCAUCUGUUAAAAAAGUUUGAAUUGCUGGCUAUAAAAAGAAAUAAAAUAUUUUUAUGACUAAAAUGACAAAAAUGUUAUAGGUAUAAAUGCCUGUUAUUACUGUACAAUGUACCAUAUCUAUAUUUAUAAAAAAUAUGAAACCCGCUUAUU